AUGGACAUCUUGAAACUGUCUGAUUUUAUCGGAAAUACUUUGAUAGUCUCCCUUGCAGAAGAUCGUAUUUUAAUUGGAAGCUUAGUUGCGGUAGAUGCCCAAAUGAAUAUACUAUUAGAUCAUGUUGAGGAACGUAUGGGCUCCAGCAGUCGAAUGAUGGGUUUAGUCAGCGUCCCCAGACGGUCAGUACAAUCCAUAAUGAUUAAUAAGCCUGUACUACAGGCGCUUACUACGAAUAAGGUUGAAUUGAUGGCUAAUAUUGUUUAG